AUGGCAACCUCCAGCACUCCGCUACUCUCUCUUCUUCUAUUCGCGUUUUCCGUUACAAUAGUCUUCUGUCAAUACGAGAAAUACAGCUUCAGAAGUUUUCCGCGUCAUGAACUAAUGCCGCUAGACUCCGCGUAUAAAUACGCGCUGGAUCAGUACACCGGAGAGAAAUGGCAGGAGACAGUAGACUACCUCGAGGUGUCUCUCCGGUUGUACCGGCUGCUCAGGGACAGCGAGGCCUUCUGCAACCUCAACUGCAGCUCCGUGCGGCUGGACAACGAGGAGAAGUUUACCGAUUUCCCGGAGCUGCGAGUGUUCGGUAACGUUAUGAAGAGGGCACAGUGCCUGAAGCGGUGCAAACAGGGGCUGCCCGCCUUCAGACAGACUAUGCCCAGCCGGGACACCGUGGAGGAGUUCGAGAAACGAGAACCCUAUAAAUACCUGCAGUUCGCCUACUUCAAAGUGAGUGAAAUCAGUGCAGCUCUCUGCUGUAUGGAACAGAGAAGAGCUUAUUUAAAUCUGUAGAGCUGCCUGUCUCUCAAAAAACAACUAUAGCUGUAUACAUUUGGUAUAUAAGUUGUAGUUUAUAUACAAAAUGUUUGUGUUUUUCAAUAACUUUUAGAACCAUGUAGACUAGUGUACACUCUUAUAGAACCCUACAUGGAACCCAAAGGUUCUAUAUGGAACCAAUUUUGGUUCAGUGAAGAAAAACCACUGGGGUUCUGAUCAAAGAACCCUCCAAAAGGGUUCUACAUACAGUGCCUUCCGAUGGUCACUCUGACAGAGCUCUAGAGUUCCUUUGUGGAGAUGGGAGAACCUUCCAGAAGGACAAGCAUCUCUGCAGCGCUCCACCAAUCAGGCCUUUAUGGUAAAGUGGCUAGACGGAAGCCACUCCUCAGUAAAAGGCACAUGACAGCCCGCUUGGAGUUUGCCAAAAGGCACCUAAAGACUCUCAGACCAUGAGAAACAAUAUUCUCUGGUCUGAUGAAACCAAGAUUGAACUCUUUGGCGUGAAUGCAAAGCGUCACGUCUGGAGGAAACCUGGCACCAUCCCUACGGGGAAGCAUGGUGGUGGCAGCAUCAUGCUGUGGGGAUGUUUUUCAGCGGCAGGGACUGGGAGACUAGUCAGGAUCGAGGGAAAGAUGAACGGAGAAAAGUACAGAGAGAUCCUUGAUGAAAACCUGCUCCAGAGCGCUCAGGACCUCAGACUGGGUCAAAUGUACACCUUCCAACAGGACAACAACCCUAAGCACACAGCCAAGACAACGCAGGAGUGGCUUCGGAACAAGUCUCUGAAUGUCCUUGAGUGGCCCAGCCAGAGCCUUCUACACUGCCUACUUUCCGAAGGCACUGUAGAACCUUUAGGAGUUCCAUAUAUGAAGCAAUAGAACCCUUUUUGGUUCUAUCCAGAACCUUUUAUUCUAAUAGUGUAGUUCUACAAGCUGUAUAUUGUACUACUGUGCUCCACUGAGUUGUAGUGUGUUCUCAUACGUGCCAUGAAGGAGGGGGUCUGAGCUAAGGAAGAGGGUCCUGUGGUUUUGUUCACUUUAUACGAGUAGCCUGUGUGUGUGUAUGUGUGUGUGUCUGCCCCUGUUUUGUGUGUUUGUGUGUUUGUGCGCGUGUGCCUGUCUGCCUCUGUGUGUGUAACUCUCAUCUCUCUUUCCUCUGCGUCGUCUCUACUCCUACUCUCCUCCUCCCGCCUCGCUGUACUCCUCUCUCUUCUGUCUCAUCCGUUCUCCUCCUUGUCUCCUCCUUUUCUCCUCUCUACCUCCUCUCCCCUUACCUCCUCUCUCCCAUGUCUCUACCCAUUCCUCCACUCAUACUGAUCUCCUGUCUCCUCCUCUCGCCUCCUGUUCUCCACUCCCUAAACUCGGUGCCUACGCUAGAAUGCGGGUAACCAUCCUCUAAUGUAUCCACUGUUUGACCUACGUCCCUCUCGUUCUCUCUAAUUUCCAUCUCUGUCCCCUCAGGGGCAUGACGUCGUCACCCUAGUCAACCAAACUUUCGCAAGUAUGAAGAUCCCCUGGGUUGAGAAAGAAAGAAGAAAGUCUCAAGAUGUUAAGAAUUUGCGAGAGAAUACGGAUUUAAUAGAUCAUAUCAUCUAUUACCUCUCUUCUUAUACUCUCGGCCUCUCUCUUCUCCUGUGCUUCUAUAUCCUGUACUCCUCGUCUCUCAUCCUGUCUCCUCUUCUCUCCUACUCUCUCACUCUCUCUCUCCGUCUCCUCCUCUCUCUUCCUCUCUCCUCCUCUCUCUUCCUCUCUCCUCCUGUCUCCUCCGGUCUCCUCGUCUCUCCUCCUCUCUCCUCCUCUCUCCUCCAGUCUGAUAACCUGGCCAAGGCCGUGUCUGCUGCCCACACCUUCCUCCUGAAGCACCCUGAUGAUGAGAUGAUGCAGAGGAACAUGGCCUACUACAGGAGUCUUCCUGGGGCUGACGAACACCUCACGGACCUGGAGACCAAGUCCUACGAGGUGAACACACACACUUGUGUUCACACACGUACAGCUGUAUACACACACACACACACACACACACAGGGCAAGCACGCCCGUACACACACAAGCGCCAAGAGUAAGCUGCUCUAUAAUUCUCUCCAUGGGCUGGGUUAGAUAUGGAUAGGGUAACAGACUGACGUCAUAGGAGGACGUAAAGGCUUACUCCGAGUGUUAGGCUGAGGUCUCAAUUGCAGCCUGAUCACUAGAAGUAGACUUCGAUUUCGGAUGUUUGAAAAGGUCCUGAGAUCGUUGAUAUAUGCCUUCCUUGACGCUCACCAAAAAUAAAACGUGUGGUGCUCGGAGCCGGAGUGUGCUGGUUAGACCACUGUGCUACGGCCGUUCAUGAUGCUUCAUAAUGCUUCAUAAUGCUCUAGAAAGCCACUAGAAUGCUGAGAAUACUUGAUGAUACUUGAUGGUAAUAGUGAGUCUGUGACGAGGUGUGAAUGAAGGAGUCAGGCCCAGGAGGUAAAACACCGAAGUCCAGAGUUUAAUCCGUUUGCAUAAAUCAAACGCCCCAAGCGUCAAACGACACUGUCCAAGGGAAAACAUCCACCUUAGCAAAUAACACAAUGAAAUGUAGCUCAACCGAGCUCCUCGCUCUCACAACAAAACAAUCACUCACAAAGACAAAGGGAACAGAGGGAACACUUAUACACAUACUAAUUAGGGGAAUGAGCACCAGGUGUGUGUGAUUGACAAGACAUGACAAGUGGAGUGAUGAGAAUGGGGGAUCGGCAGUAGCUAGUACUCCGGUGACGACGAACGCCGUAUCCUGCCCGAACCAGGAGGAGGGGCAGCCUCGGCGGAAGUCGUGACAGAGUCGUUUUUAAUUAUUUUGUUUUAAUCCUUCCCCAAACCAUGCCCUAACCCUAACCACUCAGAAUGAACCCUGUAACCACUCAGAAUUAAUGCGUCAAAAAUAGACGUUCAUCCAUAGUACAUCAAAUGUUGGUUUAGGGAGCUCUGCAGGGCUGCACGGAUACAGGCUGUGCUCUGAUACUCUGGUGAAAUAAGUCUGGUCUUCUAAUCUAGUUACAAUGAACGUAUUGUAAUGUUGUGUUACUGUAUCACUCUGUGUGUGUGUGUGUGUGUUGUGUUGUUGUUGUUCCAGAUGUUGUUUGUGCGAGCAGUGAGGGCGUAUAAUGGUGAUAACUACCGUACGUCAGUGUCCGACAUGGAGCUGGCUCUGAGGGAUUUCUUCAAGAUCUAUGAUGAGUGUCUGGCUGCUUCAGAAGGGGCCAGGGAGGUCAGAGACUUUAAAGACUUCUACCCCUCCAUCGCUGGUGAGUCUUUCUUUCUACCCCUCCAUCUCAGGUCUGUCUCUCUGUUAAGAAAUCCCUCCAUCGCUGGUGAGUCUUUCUUUCUACCUCUCCAUCUCAGGUCUGUCUCUCUGUUAAGAAAUCCCUCCAUCAAGCUGUCACUCUUUUAUCCCUGCAACAUAGGUGAACUUACCUGUCCAAAAUAUCAACCAAUGCUUUUGAGUUUCAGAACAGGUCACUCUUGAUGUAAAUGAGUAUAACCUCUCCCCCCUCCCUCCUCCUGCUCUCUCGCUCCUCUCUCCCCUCCCCUCUCUCUCUCCCCCCUUUCUCUCUCUCUCCCUCUCUCUACCUCCUCUCUUCCUAUCUCUCUGCCCCCCCCCCCUCUCCCUCUCUCUCUCUCUCCCUCCCAGACCACUACACAGAGGUGUUGGAGAGGAAGGUGAGGUGUGAGGCAGAGCUGACUCCUGUGGUUGGAGGAUUCAUCGUAGAGAAGUUUGUAGCAACCAUGUACCACUACCUACAGUUCGCCUAUUACAAAUGUGAGAGUCCUAUUACUUUAUGAUUACAAAUACAAGUGUUAUUACUGUGUUAUCGCUGUGUUAUCGCUGCUUUAUCGCUGCGUUAUCGCUGUGUUAUCGCUGCGUUAUCGCUGCGUUGUCGCUGCGUUAUCGCUGCGUUAUCACUGCGUUAUCGCUGCGUUAUCGCUGCGUUAUCGCUGUGUUGUCGCUGCAUUAUCACUGUGUUAUCGCUGCGUUAUCGCUGUGUUAUCACUGCGUUAUCACUGUGUUAUCACUGCGUUAUCGCUGUGUUAUCGCUGCGUUAUCGCUGCGUUAUCAUUGCGCUAUCACUGUGUUGUCACUGUGUUAUAACAGGCUUAUGGGUAUGAUAUUGCACAAUGUAACUACAUUAUUAUUACAAACGUUAUUACACACGCACACACACACACACGUUUGUUUUACUAUCUUGUGAGGACCAAAUAAUUGAUUCCCCUUCAAAAUCCUAUUUUCUCUAACCCCUGAGCCUUAACCUAACCCAAAACCUAACCCUAAUUCUAACCCCAACCCUAACUGCAACCAUAAAUCUAACCCCUGAGCCUAAAAUAGCCUUUUUCCUUGUGUGGAACGGCAAAAUGUCUCCACUUUUCCUUUUUUUUUACUAUGCUUGUGGUCCCAACAAGGAUAGUAAAAUCAGAAACACUGACGUUGCUCUUGUCUCCCCAGUGAAUGACCUGAAGAACGCGGUGCCUUGCGUAGCCAGCUACAUGUUGUUUGACCCCAGUGAUGAGGUGAUGAAGAACAACGUGGUGUAUUACCAGUACAACAGAGACAAGUACGGACUCAGCGACGAAGACUUCCUACCUAGAUCGGUAAGACACACACACACAUCACCUGUCCACUAUCUCUGUAUGCAGGUCAUUUGGCGCCUAUCAUUGGUUGUUUUUUAACCCGUUGACUGAAUUCGGAGUUCUUCAUUUGGGUUUGCUUGUCAAUGUUGAUCUGACUUGUGUGUUUUGUGUGUGAGUGUGUUUUGUGUGUGUGUGUGUGAGUGUGUUUUGUGUGUGUGUGUGUGUGGGGGGAGUGUGUGUGUGUGUGUGUGUGUGGGGUGUGUGUGUGUGUGUGUGUGUGUGUGUGUGUGGGGUGUGUGUGUGUGUGUGUGUGUGUGUGUGUGUGUGGUGUGUGUGUGUGUGUGUGUGUGUGUGUGUGGGGGGGUGUGUGUGUGUGGGGUUGUGUGUGUGUGUGUGUGUGGGUGUGUGUGUGUGUGUGUGGUGUGUGGGGUGUGUGUGUGUGUGUGUGUGUGUGUGUGUAUUUUAGGAGGCGGUACGGUACUUGAACCAGACCACCAUGCAGCUACAGAUGCUGGUGUUCUCCAGACAACGCCUGGCGAGUGAUGAUGAGGUACGUGUUUUGUGUGUGUGUGUGUGUGUGUGUGUGAGAGAGAGGGUGUGUGCAUGUGUGUGUGAGAGAGAGUGUGUCUCCAUUUGUCCAAAAGAGUGUAUUGGUUCUUACAGAACAUCUGUCCAUAAGUGUGUCUUGGUUCUUACAGAACAUCUGUCCAAAAGAGUGUCUUGGUUCUUACAGAACAUCUGUCCAUAAUAAUGUCCUGGUUCGUAAAGAACAUCUGUCCAUAAGCGUGACCUGGUUCUUAGCAGGGCUCUCUAUGUAAUAUUUCUGUAAACUAGGGAGAAACCACAGAUUCCUUUCAGAUCACAUGACCUGUGUCCAGCAGUACAAUGUGACCAGUGUUUACCAGACUGCUGUAUUAGACCUCACCACAGGGUGGCGCUGAUCACUCACAACAACACAGACAGGUCUAAUUUUUUUAAUUAUUAUUUUUAUUUACUUAUUUAACCUUUAUUUAACUAGGCAAGUCAGUUAAGAACACAUUCUUAUUUACAAUGACGGCCUACACCGGCCAAACCCGGACGACGCUGGGCCAAUUGUGCGCCGCUCUAUGGGACUCCCAAUCACGGCCGGUUGUGAUACAGCCUGGAAUCGAACCAGGUGGUCUGUAGUGACGCCUCAAGCACUGAGAUGCAGUGCGUUAGACCGCUGCGCCACUCGGGAGUCGCAGCAUGACUAGUCUAGGUCAGGAGUGGCCAAACCUCCUCCUUUAAAGCUACCCUACUGCAGGAUUUUGCUCCAGCCAAACUGUAACACACAUAGUUAAGCUAAUCAGCUGUUCAUCAAGACCUUGAUGAGCUGAAUCAGUUGUGUAAGAGUAGGGCUUGAACAGAAGCCUGCAUACCCAGUAGCACUCCAGGACUGGAGUUGGAGACCCAAUUGGAGGCUCUGCCUGAUCAGUGUAGUUAGUCUUUAUUUGCAUAUUAAUCAGGAAACAGCAGAGAAUGGUUUCCCCCCGGUUACAGUCUUCAGGUUCAAUCCUAACUCUGUGAUGUGUGUGUGUGUGUGUGUGUGUGUGUGUGUGUACAGGGGGAAGUGUUGGAGUUUCUAGAUGACUUCCUGGAUGCUUAGGGUCAGACGCUGCACUGAAAAGACAGAAAGAGAAAAAGAAAACACUGAACUAAACGACAGAAACGAGCGAAGGCAGGAGGUUUUCCCAGCAUGCUGCAGGGUCUUGGCUCCUCCCACUGGGUCAUAUUUAUUCGGAGGUUCUGGAGGCUCUGAUUGGCUCAAAUUAGUUCUAUUUUUUACUUGUGUGUAAUAUGACAUUUAAAAUAAUGAUUUUUAUAUUUCUGGAUCAUGUGCACUAACAUGUAGAGUACAGAGGUAUGGACAGUGAGUGAUAUUGUGGUAUUAAAUUGAUGAUGAUGAUGAUGAUGAUGAUGUAUGUGCACUCUCUGUCUAUUGUCCAUGUUUUUAAUCAAACUGAUCACUGUCUUACAGUGGAGGCUGCUGAGGGGAGGACUGCUCAUAAUAAUGUCUGGAACUGAGCCAAUGGAAUUACAUAAAAUGCAUAGAAAUCAUGUGUUUGAUACCGUUCCACUCAUUUAGCUCAAGACAUUACCACCAGCCCGUCCUCCCCAAUUACGGUGCCACCAACCUCCUGUGCCGUCUUACAGGGAAAGAUGGAAAGAUAUUCACAUGGUUAUUUUACAAUAAAACCACAUGGCGAAACACAGACCCCUCCAGUGGUCAUUGCUGUCUGUUUGGUAUUAAAGUCAUAGGGUCCGAUUCAGCCAUGUACCUUUAAUUAUAAUUUGAUCGACAGACUCACUAGAAUAUAUGAAGAGAACGGUUCCGAAUAUUCGUCUCUUUUUCAGCACCAAUUGGUAGAUAAAAAAAAUAUUCUGAUCUUCUAUAUUAUUUAGGGUUAGGAAAGGUUUGGAGUGCCUUUACGCACAAAAUAUAUUGAAUAAUCAAAAAUACAGUAGUUUGAUUCAUCCUGAAAGUUGCCAUAUUAAAUUGUUCAAUCCAUUAAAUAUUGGAAGGAGAGGAAAGUGUACAAUAGGUGUUGAACAGUAGUCCUAUAAAUCUACCCUAAUAAUCCUCACUAAUCAUGGAACUGUGAUGACAACGGUCCAGUCAUCGUGAACCGUGCGUCAGGUUCCAGGUUUAAACUGCUAUGUCUAGUCUGUGUUCCAUAAUGAUUCAAAUAGGCUACAUGUCUCAAAUUAUCGCACAUCUUGUAAUACAUUAGCCUAAUAUGAUCCACUAUUGCUAGUGAUCCUCAGGAACAACCACGCGAACAUGACAGAGGAAAGAAAGGUAAACUAACGAUGCAAUGGAAUGAUACAAAAUGUAAGGAAACUUAACACUAAAGUCAGUGACUGUUAAAAAUGUAUGUCGGUAUAACUGACGGUGACCACCGAUAGUGGCUAAUAUUUAACACGAUACAAAUAGUAAAACAAAAAUUAAAUACAGUGAAAACAUUCUAGAAAUCAUAAAUCAAAUCGAUAGGUUUGGCGCUAUACUGUCAUUUGCACAUGGCUACAGAAGCCUAUUGGGUAUCCACAUUUCAUCCCAAAUUCUAAGGCCAGCCUUUCAUAAACUUCACUGUGGAAAAGGUGAUAUGUUGAUAUGCUUCAGUUUGCUGCUAUAUGACUGGUUUCACAUUUGUCUCCAGUGAUUUCAUCGCGCGUAAAAGUUGGUGGAAUUAUGAGGGAAUUAAAUCAAGGUCAGAAUACAGCGUAUCUGUAGACACACCGCCGUUGUGUGAUUUAAUGUCAUUGUCAACCCAUACAUCCUAGUAGGCUCACUACAGGAACACGAUGUCACGGAUCCCCCCGGUACUGCUGCUCAUUCCGUUCACCAGUUCCAGAGGUCUACGUCACCGGCCUUCUAGGUCACUGACAUGGAUCAUUACCACCAACCCCGGACUGUCUUGUCUCAUUACGCACACCUGGUUCCCAUUCCCCCUGAUUAGUAUGUGUAUAUAUGUGCCAUCUGUUCCCCAUUGUCCUUGUCGAUUGUUGUCCCAUGUCCGUUGGUCUCGUGAGUACCGUGUAUUGUGCUCUUGUUGUUUACGGGUCUCCUCCCGUGUAUUGUGUAGAGGUUACACCUCGCUCUUUGUUUGGGUUACAUCCCUUUUGUAUAUAUAUACACGUGUUGGGUGGAGUAAUAUAACCCCUAAUACGUAUUCCUGCGCCUGUCUUCAAAUCAUACAACGUGACAAACGAGGGAUACAUACAUUCAAAAUUCCAGACAACAUAUCAACUACCUCGGUCCAAAAUCCUUCGGUGGCUGAACAGUUCCAGAACAGAUUAGAGUUCCGACCUCACCGCAGCCAUGCCAACACACAUCUGAAAGGCUUUGAUCUGUCUUUUUCAACCUGUGUGGUGUGAUGUAGGCCCUGUGUAAGACCUUCAUUUGAAUAAUUUUAUACCUCACCAGUUAAGUUAUUGGUCUUUCAGCAUUAUCACAGGUUCUUAACGAAAGUUGUAAUUAAAAACUCUGAAUUACUUUGCUGUUACAAUAAACAACAUCAAUGUAAAAUAAAAAUGUAAAGUGCCAAAAAAAACAGGCUCUGAAGUCGGUCUUUAGGAGCUUUCUGGCAAAGUCAAGGCACAGUUUAGUGCGUCUGUCAGCUGCACAAGCUGAGGGUACGGAGUGCCUCUGGGUACCCCUCAGUGAAGAAGACUUCCUACCUAGAUCAGUAAGACACACACAUAAACAAACACACAUUUCAGCACAGGUGCGCAUGCGCAAACACACACACACAGACAGUGCAUUUGGAAAGUAUUCAGAUCCCUUAUUCUAGAAUUGAUUAAAUUGUUUUUUUUUCUCCCCCUCAUCAAUCUACAGACAGUACCCCAUAAAGACAUAGCAAAUACUGUUUUUUUUUGACAUUUUUGCAAAUGUUUAAAAAAUAAAAAUGGAAAUAUUACAUUUACAUAAGUAUUCAGACCCUUUACUCAGUACUUUGUUGAAGCACCUUUGGCAGCGAUUACAGCCUCAAGUCUUCUUGGGUAUGACGCUACAAGCUUGGCACACCUGUAUUUGGGGUGUUUCUCCCAUUCUUCUCUGCAGAUCCUCUCAAGCUCUGUCAGGUUGGAUGGGGAGCGUCGCUGCACAGCUAUUUUCAGGUCUAUCCAGAGUUGUUAGAUCGGGUUCAAUUCCGGGCUUUGGCUGGGCCAUUCAAGGACAUUCAGAGACUUGUCCCGAAGCCACUCCUGCGUUGUCUUGGCUGUGUGCUCAGGGUCGUUGUCCUGUUGGAAGUUGAAUCUUCGCCCAAGUCUGAGGUCCUGAGCGCUCUGGGGCAGGUUUUCAUCAAGGAUCUCUCUGUACUUUGCUCUGUUUUUCAGUCCCUGCCGCUGAAAAACAUCCCCACAGCAUGAUGCUGCCACCACCAUGCUUCAUCGUAGGGAUGGUGCCAGGUUUCCUCCAGACGUGACGCUUGGCAUUCACGCCAAAGAGUUAAAUCUUGGUUUCAUCAGACCAGAGAAUCUUGUUUCUCAUGGUCUGAGAGUCCUUUAGGUGCCUUUUGGCAAACUCCAAGCGGGCUGUCAUGUGCCUUUUACUGAGGAGUGGCUUCCGUCUGGCCACUCUAUCAUAAAGGCCUGAUUGGUGGAGUGCUGCAGAGAUGGUUGUCCUUCUGGAAGGUUCUCCAUCUCCAAAGAGGAACUCUGGAGCUCUGUCAGAGUGACUAUUGGGUUCUUGGUCACCUCCCUGACCAAGGCCCUUCUCCCCCGAUUGCUCAGUUUGGCCAGGCGACCAGCUCUAGGAAGAAUCUUGGUGGUUCCAAACUUCUUCCAUUUAAGAAUGAUGGAGGCCACUGUGUUUUUGGGGACCUUAAAUGCUGCAGAAUUCUGAUGUGUUGUAUCAUCAUGGAAUAAUUCAUGAAAUAAGUAUUCUGAUGUGUUGUAUCAACAUGGAAUAAUUCAUGAAAUAGAGAGAUGUAUUGUAUCAUUAUGAAAAGGAUAAACGUCUUUGGUAGACGAACGUAGAAAGAUGCGAGGUUCGAGUCCUCAGCAAUAACGUCUUGGUAGACGAACGUAGAAAGGUGCGAAGUUCAAGUCCUCAGCGAGGUUAGGGAUUAAGGUUAAAAUCCCUGGUAGAAGGUUACAAUUAAAAUGAACCGUAAUUAAGAGGUAGAGCGCUGUAGUAACGGGAGAAUAAGGCGUGUGAAGUUGCUCCAAACAGGAAGGAGAGAGAGAAAGCAAUAAGUCAUACGACAGAAAGAACCAGAGCAGAGAUAAGUAAACCUGUUGUAUUAUAGCACCAAAAGUCUAAAUAAGCAAACAAAAUAAUAACAUCAGGGUUUUUCAAAUAAAAACAACAACACACCUAGUAUGAUGUUUAUAAAGGGUUAUUAUUUUGAUUUUAGGGGGUUUUCAACAGGUCAAAGGUGAUAAGUCUUAAAGGACAGUGAAUUUUAUGAAGUUUUAUUUUUCUUUUUUGACUGAGUUUUGGGUAUACACAUGAUUUCUUAUGAGAAGAAAUGUCAUGAGGACUUAAUGUACACUUGGGAUAAGUAACAUUUAUGAAAUAUUUUGAAUGAUGGUAAUGUUUAGUAUACUAUGGGAUGGAACAUUUCGUUGAAUGAUUUCAAUGACCUCUGAACUCUGUUUUGACUUUCUAGUGUGACUUGAUCAUCCACACUGGUAAUUCUAAAGGCAUGAGAGGAGGACUUUAAGAUAGUUUAUGUUACCGAGUUGAGGGUAAUUUAUAUUACUGUGAAAAUUAUGAAGAAGUUUAUAAUUUGGUAAUAAAAUAUAUGAUUCGAACCAUAAAAUAACAAAAGAGAGAAAGAGCUUUCCCUGAAUGAGGGAUACCUGUUGCUAGUUAAGUUACUUUACGGGAUAGAAGUAAGUUAAGGUAUUGUCAAGGGUUGUCAUUUUAAUUUCAUUUGUUAUUUUGGUUUAACAAACGAUGUUGUUGUUUUGUCAUUGAAUGCAUUAAUCACAUUGUGACUCAUGUGUCCAAUGGGGGAAAGUACUAUUCGAAUGAGAAUUAUUGAUAAAUAUGAAAAUUAUAUUCAGAAUCUGAGCAGUAGUAAGUAAUGUGUUAUGGGUUAGAUUAAAUGUUUUAGGGGAAAAUGUAUUUGUGGUAUAAGGCAGAAUUUAGAGGAGGCCUUUCUAUGACAUGAGUGGACUGCAACAAGCUGCAAGAAUGUGCACUUCCUAAUCUAAAAGGCUUAUCAGGACUGAUAAGAAGACAGGAUGAAGUAGCAUGCUGUGACUCAACUAACAAUGUUAUGCAGACUUUCUUUAAAAAGGUGAAGGCUUCUCUGCCAGACCUACCAGGAGAAUCUGGACAUCUUCUGCGACUUGGAGACUAUGUUGUGGCUACCUGGAUGGAGGGGAAAGUAGAUGAGAUACCUGUAUAUAUUUGUCCCACUGUAGGAGAGGAGGAAGAUGGAACUGUGGAGCAUUGUGUUUGUGUUUGUGUCGUUGCAGCUGUGAAUCUUGAAUUCCAUAUUGGUGCGAUGCAAGAAGGACACACUACACAGAGCGAUGUGAAUAGAAAUUGGUAUUAGGAAUAAUUGUGAAACAUAAUAAUUUGUCAUGUGGUCAAUGAUUAUAUUUACAUUUUAGCAGACGCUCUUAUCCAGAGCGAUUUACAGUUAGUGAGUGCAUACAUUAUUUUUAAUUUUUUCAUACUGGCCACCCGUGGGAAUCGAACCCACAACCCUGGCGUUGCAAACGCCAUGCUCUGCCAACUGAGCUACAUCCCUGCCGGCCAUUCCCUCCCCUACCCUGGACAACGCUGGGCCAAUUGUGCGCCGCCCCAUGGGUCUCCCGGUCGCGGCCGGCUACGACAGAGCCUGGGUUCGAACCAGGAUCUCUAGUGGCACAGCUAGCACUGCGAUGCAGUGCCUUAGACCACUGCGCCACUUAUAUGGAAUUCUUGGAUUAGAAAUGAAAUCAAUUAAAAUGUUAUGUUUGUCUUCUAGUGAGGUAAAUACAGAUGGUGUCUUGAUGCAUAGCAGGGAUAAUUUGGCCUAGCAUGGUGUGAACCUAAAUAAAUAAAAGUAAAAAAAAAAAAAUGAACCGGCUGAAGAUGUUUCUGUAAAGCACCACUUCUACAUGCAACUGGUCUACAACAACCAAACAAAGAUAUCAAAGGAUUUUCUCAUGUUUUUAUAUCGAAGGAGCGGGAAAGGAGUCCACCAUUGAGUGAGAAUGGAGAAAUAUAUGUUCAGAUACAACAUUUAUAAUGUUGUGGGCAUAAUGGUUGGCAAAUGGAAAAGACAAUGAGGUUGUGGAGUUGGUGGUGACUCGCAUGAGACAUUGUAGUUGUGACAUUGUCAUGGGCAAGUCAUUUGGAAAUGUGAAGAUGUCUGAAGAACGUAAUGAAGAGACGCCAGAAGAUUUAAGUGCCGGGAGAAAAAGGGGUUGCUUAGCUGUGUUGAUAAUAAAAUUGGGUUUAUCUAAAUUUGAUAAUUUGGGUAGUAGGUAUAUACACUGAUACAUGAAUAGUAUUAAGAAUGCAUUGAGAUAAUGAUCUGUAUUUAUUUUCAGGAUGAGGAAAGUCAUAAUUGAAUUAUGGAUGUUUAUAAUGUAUGUUAAUAUAAAUGUACAUUCUGACAGUUGUAAUGGGUGAUUCAUUUGAGAAUUUAAAUUUUCAUUGAUAAGGAUCAAGUGAAUCAAUAAGGAUUGUCAUUUUAAAUUUGGUUGAGUUAAGUAAUUUGGUUGGUUAUAAUUUAUAACAUGAAUGUAUGAUUUAAGUGAAUCAUUAGUAUGUAUUAGUAUAAUUAUUUUCAAAAUGAAGGAUAUUGAUUGUUCAAUUGAGAAAUGUUUUAUAUAGACAUUAUGGGUUAAAACAGUGAUACAUUAUGGUAAUGUCUUAGGAUACAUUUAUAUGAUUUAUUUUGAGUAGACAUUGUUGAAUCAUACUGUUUCAAACAUGGAAGUUAAGGUGAGGAUUGUGAAUGAAAUCAUGAAUAUGUUGAUUAAUUCUUAAAGCGUGAAUAGUUUAAGGAUGUAGUGAUUUAACAGGGAGCGAUAAUAGAGUGUUGUAAUGUGUAUGUCAUAUUAGGCAUUUUAGGAGAACAAAGUCGGAGUUGAACAUUGCAUAUUUUAACAAUCAUGGGUUUUUAAGUAAUGGGGUCUGAGAUGUUACUCAUUAGACGAUGUAAGUGAUAAUCACAUAGCAUUGGAUGCUAUUAUAGUAGAUAAAGAGGGAAUGUAUGUGAUUAUAUGGGGGAUACAUGUUGGAUAUUAAGAUUAGGAAGGUAUUGGGAAAUUUAUAUAAAGCUAUGGGAAAUAUUAGAGACAUAUAGGAAGGUAUUAGGAGUAUGAAUAGAGAUGUAUCAGUCAAUAUAGGAGAGAAAGGAUAAAUUAUUCAUCUAUAUGUUAUUCCAGUUUAGAGUACAUUGAUAAUGUUGAUUGAGGAAUAAGGAAUGUUAAGUUGGAAAUGUAUAAAGUGGAUUGAGGUUUACAGGGUUGAAGAUGUGGACAGAAGACUAUCUCAGUAGAUCAGAUAGAGCCCAAAGUGACCAGUGAAAAGCUUGGGGUUCAUCUGUAUGAAGAUGUAUGAAGAAGAUUGAAGUUAUUUUAUUUUGAUAUAUUCAUUUGAAUAUAUUGUAAUAUCCAUGCAACUUAGUAAUGGUUAUGGAUCUUUGUAUUUGUGGGGAUGAUGUCAUGAUGGUCACAAUUUAUUUUGAUGAAUGUUUUAUUGGUAGCAUGUAUAAGAUGAUGGGUCAGUUAUCUAGCAUAGUUUAGGCUCUAGUCAGAGAGAUAUAUCUACUGCUGAUUGGAAAUAUUGUAUUUUAUAUGAACUGUUGCCGGUUAAGUAAUUUUACUUACCAAAAAAAAAAAAAAGGAUUGUAAUGAUGUCAUGUCAUAGUAUCGUGGGGACCAGGUUAGAGUUACGAGAUAAUUUACUUGGUUCCACUGAGUCUGCAUUCCGUUAUGUCAAAGGAGAUUACUGAUGUUUAGGAUAGCCUGAUGGAUGGACAGGAUAUACAGUGGGGAAAAAAAGUAUUUAGUCAGCCACCAAUUGUGCAAGUUCUCCCACUUAAAAAGAUGAGAGAGGCCUGUAAUUUUCAUCAUAGGUACACGUCAACUAUGACAGACAAAUUGAGAAAGAAAAAUCCAGAAAAUCACAUUGUAGGAUUUUUAAUGAAUUUAUUUGCAAAUUAUGGUGGAAAAUAAGUAUUUGGUCAAUAACAAAAGUUUCUCAAUACUUUGUUAUAUACCCUUUGUUGGCAAUGACACAGGUCAAACGUUUUCUGUAAGUCUUCCCAAGGUUUUCACACACUGUUGCUGGUAUUUUGGCCCAUUCCUCCAUGCAGAUCUCCUCUAGAGCAGUGAUGUUUUGGGGCUGUCGCUGGGCAACACGGACUUUCAACUCCCUCCAAAGAUUUUCUAUGGGGUUGAGAUCUGGAGACUGGCUAGGCCACUCCAGGACCUUGAAAUGCUUCUUACGAAGCCACUCCUUCGUUGCCCGGGCGGUGUGUUUGGGAUCAUUGUCAUGCUGAAAGACCCAGCCACGUUUCAUCUUCAAUGCCCUUGCUGAUGGAAGGAGGUUUUCACUCAAAAUCUCAUGAUACAUGGCCCCAUUCAUUCUUUCCUUUGCACGGAUCAGUUGUCCUGGUCCCUUUGCAGAAAAACACCCCCAAAGCAUGAUGUUUCCACCCCCAUGCUUCACAGUAGGUAUGGUGUUCUUUGGAUGCAACUCAGCAUUCUUUGUCCUCCAAACACGACGAGUUGAGUUUUUACCAAAAAGUUCUAUUUUGGUUUCAUCUGACCAUAUGACAUUCUCCCAAUCCUCUUCUGGAUCAUCCAAAUGCACUCUAGCAAACUUCAGAUGGGCCUGGACAUGUACUGGCUUAAGCAGGGGGACACGUCUGGCACUGCAGGAUUUGGGUCCCUGGCGGCGUAGUGUGUUACUGAUGGUAGGCUUUGUUACUUUGGUCCCAGCUCUCUGCAGGUCAUUCACUAGGUCCCCCCGUGUGGUUCUGGGAUUUUUGCUCACCGUUCUUGUGAUCAUUUUGACCCCACGGGGUGAGAUCUUGCGUGGAGCCCCAGAUCGAGGGAGAUUAUCAGUGGUCUUGUAUGUCUUCCAUUUCCUAAUAAUUGCUCCCACAGUUGAUUUCUUCAAACCAAGCUGCUUACCUAUUACAGAUUCAGUCUUCCCAGCCUGGUGCAGGUCUACAAUUUUGUUUCUGGUGUCCUUUGACAGCUCUUUGGUCUUGGCCAUAGUGGAGUUUGGAGUGUGACUGUUUGAGGUUGUGGACAGGUGUCUUUUAUACUGAUAACAAGUUCAAACAGGUGCCAUUAAUACAGGUAACGAGUGGAGGACAGAGGAGCCUCUUAAAGAAGAAGUUACAGGUCUGUGAGAGCCAGAAAUCUUGCUUGUUUGUAGGUGACCAAAUACUUAUUUUCCACCAUAAUUUGCAAAUAAAUUAAUAAAAAAUCCUACAAUGUGAUUUUCUGGAUUUUUUUCUCUCAAUUUGUCUGUCAUAGUUGACGUGUACCUAUGAUGAAAAUUACAGGCCUCUCUCAUCUUUUUAAGUGGGAGAACUUGCACAAUUGGUGGCUGACUAAAUACUUUUUUCCCCCACUGUAUGACUUGGGGUAAAGAGUAAUAACAUCAAAGAAUGGAAGUGCUCAUUGACGAUGGCAAGAUGGGGUUGAAGAAAUGUGUAACCAAGAGUAUAAAAGCUGUGAGAUUUGUGUAUGGGGCAGUUCAAUUGACAAUGGGGCAAGGUUAUGUCCGUUUGUUAGAUGAAACCAUGGGCUCGUGAUCCAAUAAAUACUUGGUAUAAAAUCUCCACAGAAUGUCUAAGUAAAUUCUUGCAUCUUGAACUUCUCAAUACCAGAAACUCAUCAUAACAUUUAAUCAAUUUUAGAAUAAGGCAGUAACGUAACAAAAUGUGGAAGAAAUCAAGGGGUCUGAAUACUUUCCAAGUGCACUGUACAUUUUUACAUUUACAUUUUAGUCAUUUAGCAGACGCUCUUAUCCAGAGCGACUUACAGUUAGUGAGUACAUACAUUAUUAUUUUAUUUUUUCAUAAUGUACACCAGUGGCGUUACGCAGGGCCCCCCGCAAGGUUCGAGCAAGGUCCAAAAAUAUAUAACAUUUAUUUGGGAAGGAUUAUUUAUUUUUUGCAGUUUUAUAGCUAAUCUCAUGCUAUUUUACACAUUUUGACAUGAGGCUGAGAGAACAUUUUGCGGUUUUAAAGCUAAUUUCCUGUAAUAAACCAAAACAAAUCACGUUUUCAAAGGCUGUUGAAAAACUGUGCGCACCGUUUUGGGGGAAACGUGUCAUUCAGUACAAAACAUUACUCAACGUAGCAAACGUUAAACCAAACUGAAUGCACCCCUGUGUCACACCCUGGCUCUGGGACUCUAUAUGUUGAGCCAGGGUGUGUUCAUUCUUUGUGUUUAUUUCUAUGUUGGUAAUUCUGGUGUGUUUAUUUCUAUGUUGGCUAGAGUGACUCCCAAUCAGAGGCAACGAGUGUCAGCUGUCGUUGGUUGUCUCUGAUUGGGAGCCAUAUUUAUACUGUCUAUUUUCCCUUUGUGUUUGUGGGUUCUUGUUCCGUGUUCGGUCAUUGUUACCGUGGACUUCACGAGUCGUUUCUUGUUUUUGUAUCGUGUUUACACUUUAACUAAUUAAAGUAUGUUCAUUCAUCACGCUGCGCCUUGGUCUGUUCAAUAUGACGAUCGUGACAGAAGAACCCACCAUGCAACGACCAAGCAGCGUGUCCAGGGGCAGCUCUUGGGCUGGACAUGGGAGGAAGCGCCGGGAGAAGAGACGGUGGAGGCGCGCCGUAGAGAGGAGCAGCGGCGCCAAACGGGUCAACGUCGGACAGGCGAGAGGCAACCCCAGAAAUUUUUUAGGGGGGGGCACACGGCAUGGACGACGGGGCUGACGGAGGCAAAAGAGGGGCGGAUUCAGAAGGCCACCAGGUUACGGAUACACCGCCCUGUAUGUCCUGUGCGGAUGCCUCACACAGAGUGGGUGAGGGUAGGCAUUCAGCCAGGACGGGUUGUGGCCGCUCUUCACUCCAGGUCUCCUAUCCGUCUCCACAGCCCGGUUCGGCCUGUCCCUGCUCCACGCACCAAGCCUGCGGUGUGCGUCGCCAGCCCAGUCCGGCCAGUCCCUGCUCCACGCACCAAGCCUACGGUGUGCGUCGCCAGCCCAGUCCGGCCUGUCCCUGCUCCACGCACCAAGUCUACGGUGCGCGUCGCCAGCCCGGCCCGGCCUGUUCCUGCCACUCGCACCAAGUCUACGGUGCGCGUCGCCAGCCCGGCCCGGCCUGUUCCUGCCACUCGCACCAAGUCUACGGUGCGCGUCGCCAGCCCGGCCCGGCCUGUUACUGCCACUCGCACUAAGCCAGGGGUGCGAGACGUCAGCCUGGUAAGGCCCGUUCCUCCUCCACGCACUAAGCCAGGGGUGCGAGACGUCAGCCUGGUAAGGCCCGUUCCUCCUCCACGCACCAAGCCAGGGGUGCGAGUCGUCAGCCUGGUAAGGCCCGUUCCUCCUCCACGCACUAAGCCAGGGGUGCGAGUCGUCAGCCUGGUAAGGCCCGUCCCUCCUCCACGCACCAAGCCAGGGGUGCGAGUCGUCAGCCUGGUAAGGCCCGUUCCUCCUCCACGCACCAAGCCAGGGGUGCGCGUCGUCAGUCCAGCACAACCCGUGCCUGGGUCACCGGUGCCUGGUAAGGUACCGGUCAACUGCUCCACUAUGGAGCUGAAGCUAACCGCUCCUGCUAAGUCCAGUUCAGCUCCAGCCGGCGGGGCCAGACUGGACCAGGGGCGCUAUGGGGGGUGUAUUGGAGGGUGGUGGUCAAGGCCGGAGCCAGAACCGCCGCCGAGGAGGUAUGCCCGCCCAGCCCUCCCCUGUUUUGUUCAGGUUGAGGCGCGGUCGCAGUCCGCGCCUUUAGGGGGGGGUACUGUCACACCCUGGCUCUGGGACUCUAUAUGUUGAGCCAGGGUGUGUUCUUUCUGUUGUGUUUAUUUCUAUGUUGGUAGUGCUGUUGUGUUUAUUUCUAGGUUGGCCUGAGUGACUCCCAAUCAGAGGCAACGAGUGUCAGCUGUCGUUGGUUGUCUCUGAUUGGGAGCCAUAUUUAAACUGUCUGUUUUCCCUUUGGGUUUGUGGGUUCUUGUUCCGUGUUCGGUCAUUGUUACCGUGGACUUCACGAGUCGUUUCUUGUUUUUGUAUCGUGUUUACACUUUAACUAAUUAAAGUAUGUUCGUUCAUCACGCUGCGCCUUGGUCUGUUCAAUAUGACGAUCGUGACACCCUGAGGUGACUGGGAUGAUAAAGGAGUUUGAUACGACUGUGUACACAGCUUGUGGCAAAUACAAAGAAAUGAUGCAAGGAAACAAAAUUAGUAAAAUAUUUACCAAAGAUUAACAAUGAGCCCAAUGUCUGGAUUUGUGUACGGUAUUGGUCUGCAAUAAAACAGUGGAGCGACAAACACACUGAGACAGACUACCAGACUACAGACAGAGGAGCAGCAGAUUACCAGACUACAGACAGAGGAGCAGCAGACUACCAGACUACAGACAGAGGAGCAGCAGACUACCAGACUACAGACCGAGGAGCAGCAGACUACCAGACUACAGACAGAGGAGCAGCAGACUACUAGACUACAGACAGAGGAGCAGCAGACUACCAGACUACAGACAGAGGAGCAGCAGACUACCAGACUACAGACAGAGGAGCAGCAGACCACCAGACUACAGACAGAGGAGCAGCAGACCACCAGACUACAGACAGAGGAGCAGCAGACCACCAGACUACAGACAGAGGAGCAGCAGACUACCAGACUACAGACAGAGGAGCAGCAGACUACCAGACUACAGACAGAGGAGCAGCAGACCAAGACUACAGACCGAGGUGGACAUACAGAGGAGCAGCAGACUACCAGACUACAGACAGAGGAGCAGCAGACUACCAGACUACAGACAGAGGAGCAGCAGACUACCAGACUACAGACAGAGGAGCAGCAGACUACCAGACUACAGACAGAGGAGCAGCAGACUACCAGACUACAGACAGAGGAGCAGCAGACUACCAGACUACAGACAGAGGAGCAGCAGACUACCAGACUACAGACAGAGGAGCAGCAGACUACCAGACUACAGACAGAGGAGCAGCAGACUACCAGACUACAGACAGAGGAGCAGCAGACUACCAGACUACAGACAGAGGAGCAGCAGACUACCAGACUACAGACAGAGGAGCAGCAGAGGACCUUCACCAUCAGAGGUGAGUACAGUUAUACAUCGUUCACCAUUACCAUCGUUCACCAUUACCAUCAUUCACCAUUACCAUCGUUCACAUCAUUACUCCAGAGAGGACCUUGUCUUAUCUCCAUCUUAAAGGGAUAG